GAGAGAGCGGGAAGCGCAGCGGGCGUGCAUCCUCUUCCGCCCCGGCCCGGAAGGGUGAUGUGGCUGGACCAGCACCGGCCUCACUAUGUCUGCCAUUUUCAAUUUUCAGAGUCUGUUGACUGUAAUCUUGCUGCUUAUAUGUACGUGUGCUUAUAUCCGAUCCUUGGCACCCAGCCUCCUGGACAGAAAUAAAACUGGACUAUUGGGAAUAUUUUGGAAGUGUGCCCGAAUUGGUGAGCGCAAGAGUCCCUAUGUUGCCGUAUGCUGUAUAGUGAUGGCCUUCAGCAUCCUCUUCAUACAGUAGCUUUGGAAACUACCAGUGUGUGAUUGCCAUCAGACUCUAUAAACAAGGACUUGCCUCCAGAAAAUAACGGGAAGAAUAGUUAACCCUUUUAUCUCUGAACAUGAAAUGAGAUAAAUUUUGAGAUGCUGUUCUCUAUUUUUAUGCUUUUGGACCAAUGAGCUAUAUAAAUAAUUAAGAUGUAACAGUUUAAUACACGGAAAUGUGAUUAUAGCGAUCAACCUCAGUUCUGUCAUCCAGUAUUACACUCUGGCAAACGUCAUUCUGUUGUCGGGACUACUUUUCAUAAGGUUCUUGAGGGUAUGAAGUAGAACCCAGAGCUGGCGAAUUCCACAGGCUCCUUUCACUAGGGCUGAAAAUGUCUUCACAGAAUGAGACCUUCUAACAACUGGCCUAUUUUUAUUGAGAAAAAUUGUUCUAUUUUUGUUGUUACUGUUCUAUGGAUUGCAUUCAUAUUUAAACCAUUUUGAUUGCUAACCAGAGUACCUCUAUUCUUGGCAAAUUAUUACAGGUGUAAAAAUAUUUUCUUUAACAUAAGAGUGAGGCUUCUGGUCAAGUGUGGUCAAAGACAUAGAUGCCGUCCUAUGAAAAAGAUCAUUCUAAGAAUGGAAAAAGCAGUGGAACAAUGAUAGACUAAUAAUUCAUGUGGUUUUCAUUCUCUUAGUGUCAAGCCUUCCAAAUAGAGCAACCAUUGUAGUUAUCACAAAGAUGGGUUUGUUGUGUUUUUAGUGCAUCACUUUAAAUCUGGUUUCUUUUCUGUCAUCUUAAACUGGAAUCACUUCUGACGUUUGUAGAUGAUAAACACAUCUCAUACCUGCUCAGUCUGGAUACUAUGGUCUUAAGUAUCGCUCAGCUUUGACAGUUUGUAAUAUGGAUGUGAGAAGACUGGCAAUGAAGCGUGCAUAUCAAAGGGCACGUAGACGAUGGUGUUCACCAGUUCAUCAGGGUCAGCUGGGAAUCCAGUGCUGUUUCAAAGCUAAGAGGAGUUAAAUCUACCUGAAAACGCUUACUACACACAUUUAUCAUUUAAAUACUGGUUUUGGCUGCUCCUUUAAGAGUAAAAGAGAAACUUUUUCUUAGAAAUGAAAUUCCUACAGAAACACAAAGUGCUGAACUUGAAGGCUUCUUUAAAGCAGCAUGUAUCUAUCACUCUGUAGCCCAAACAGGCACAAAGCUUGCUAGACCACCAGCUUUUACAGACUGCUUGAAGCUAUAUGGAUUGCAGUCUAGGGUAACAUCGAGGAAGCUUACUUUGUGUUUUCUUGGGCUUAUCUGUUUUCAAAAAGAUCUUUAGAAUGUCAGUAAUGAGUUAAAACGUGUAUUCUACUUUGGACAGGAAAUCAUAUUAUGGUAAUUACUCUACUCUGAACUGCAUCUUAGGCUUCAUAUUAGGUCAAGGAUUUUCAGGACAUCCCAGAAGUAGGACUCCCUCAUCAACAUAUUUGUGCACAGUAACCUUUCAAGGUCUGGUUUCCGGGUGGCCACCUGCUGUGCAUCUCUGCUGCCAACUGAAUUUUCCAGAAGUGUUGUCAACGUUUUUCCUAAGUUAGAACACAUCUCAUGAAAAGGAGAGAGUAAAGGAUCUAGUCCAAGAUGUUCUGUGGAAUUUGACAUUUCAGACAGUGUAUGUGGAAAUGAGAAGAGACAUAGUUAACUUACACUGUCUCUUGUAACAUAUAAAACAGUUAACUGUGUAUAGCAGCUUAUUUCUACCCUACCAUCCUGCUCUUUCAAAGUAUGAGCUCUUGGGAGUGUAGGAAAGAUACAAAGCUACAAGAUUUUAUAAAAGAGAGCAAUUAGCAUUGUCGAUGUGUAAACACUGACUCCUAUUUUCCAAGCCACAGGGUGGUGUAGGGGUUGUGAAGCCCACAGAAUAUUCAGCUCUGUGCUGUGGUGGGAUGUGGAGAAGUAGUAAAGCACACCAGGCAGCUGGCCUCUGCUAACGACAGUUUACAGGAGCGGGAGGGGGCCGUUGAGACCCAGAGCCAGCAAGCUCCACAUGUUCUCCCUGUUACCUAGCUGGCUUGAGUCUUCAAUCCAUGUCUCACAAUAUGUUCUGUGUUAGCGUUUGGUUCCUGAUGAGUUUCAUCUGUGUCAUUGACAGGGCAAGGACAUGUCUUACUUCCAAGUAGUCUUGCAAGAUAGUCAAAGGCCACAUAUAAGUCAAAUUCGUCUUUUAAACUCCAGUCCAGUGUCUUGCUACUAUCUUUUCUACCUUUACCAGAAACUACCUUAUAUGAUUCCAUUCAAGUUGUUUCCUGCUGAGGUUAGUAAGAAUAUGAAAUUUAUAAAUUUCUCCAUCUUCAUAAUAAAAUUAGUCUCAUACUAUAGGAUGACACAUAUUUCCAUGAAUUAACCUUUCCAAGUUACAGAGUCCAACACAUCUUUGCCACUAUUUGUGAAAAAUAUUUAAUAAUUGUAAAUAAUAUGUUUUAGGAAACAUUUACACACUUGAUAUGGUAUGUGACCAUUGAAAAUAGAAAAUCUGAGUACUUUCUCUUUAUUCAUAAUGUACAUUAAAGAUGAGACUAAUGUAUAUGAAGUAUAAUAUGCUAGCACUUGUUAUUGAGAUAAUCCCAAGAUUCUAGAAGAAAAUGAGCAAUGGUUCAUUGAAGGUAGAGCUUCUAGAAGAGCAUGGAAUCAGUUGAACUUGGCAGUGGUUUGCAGAACCACAGUUGGAUGUUAGGGAUUAUAUGUCCCUUAGUGUGUUGUGGCACUGAUGAAAUACGGUGUGAACCAUAAGGUGGGCAGAUGUCAUAUGGAGAGUCAUGUAUUUUACCUACCUCAAACUGAAGUUGUGUCUUGUCCCUCCUGCCUCACAAAUCCUUCAGGGGGAUAAUAAAAUCUCCCUUGGUCUAUGAACAAAAAGUUUGACAGUGGAGUUCAAUAGUAUAUUCUCUUGAUAUUUCUCUAAACAUUGCAAAGGCAACUAGGCAGUCAAGACAGUUUUCAGAAACUUUUAAAAUCCCGUAUACCAUCUGCUAAAAGUAGUUCCCACAAAGCAAAUACCCACACCAAAGUGCACUGUUUACAUUUCCUGGAUGCACAGAAAAUAUUCCCGCUUAUCAAGAACUUAAGCUUCACAAACGCCCUUGGGAAGUUUCUCCAUCUUUGCAAUCUGAAAAUACUUAGGGGCCACUCUUCUCUUACUUUCGUAUCAUCUAGUAAUAAUACAUGUUCUCAAAGUGGUGCUGGCAAUGACCCUGUGACCUUCACCGGAAACUGACUAGCUUCUGAGAAAAAACUUCAUAUUGUUUCUCCUUUGCUCUAAACUAAUUCUGAAAUAAACUGACAUGCCAUUCCAGUACCUUUUGGAGAAAAGAGAACUAUCGUAUUUAAAAGUGGAGGUAAUCACCCUACUCUGGUUAGUUCAUAUGUCUGCUAUGUAAUAAAAAGUGAAUUGUCAAAA